ACCACGCAACUUCUUCUGCGAACGCUCUCCAGUCCGCUUGUUCGAGUCGUCUCUAGCACAUCAAACCCAUCCAAUCUCCGACCCGAGAGUCGUGAAUUUCUAGUUUUUGACGGUUGUGUCGUCUGAUAUCGAGUUAAAAUGAGCGAAAUCGUCCCCGGAUGAGAGACUGACUUAAUGGUGUGAGUGUUGGUGUUUUGUAAAUGAAAUUUACGACAUUUCAAUGGGGCUCAUGACACAACAUGUGAUUUCGCCCCGGACAAGUGUGUAGUGAGGGAAUGCUCUAAAAAAGAUGCCAAGAUAUCCAAUCUCCAUGACCCGAUCUUGUGUUGCCAGCAGUUUCUAAAAUUAAGACUGACAUGUGGUCCAAGUGUGUGCUUGUGAUCGGCCUUUGUCUGAGUCUCUGUGAGGUUACUCACUCCAAACGAAACCAUCACCAUGCCCAGAAACGGCAUCGGAAAGACACUCACGGCACGUCGUCGCCGACUCACGGCAUCCUCCCACCAGACCUCAUGGGUAUCAGUUUACACGAGUCCAGUGAGAUGGGACUCUGUAGCGAACCCGAGCCCCUGGCUCACAAAGUGGAAAAACGCUCGUAUUUGCCACCCAUUUCGUGCACCGAUGAUCAUGAGAUGGAGGCCCUCCAAUCCAAGGUUCAUUGCCAACCCCGGCCUCGAGUCGUUCAUUUGCCAUGGCCUAACGACACAUCCUUUCACCAGAUGACUCCGAGCCACGUGGAAGUGAAGCUAUGUGACGGUGGAUGCUUCCACCGAAAACAGUCCUGUUUACCUUUACAAACCAAGAAGAUCAAGAUCCCGGUCUUGUUGGCGAGAUGCACAAUUCACUCGAGGAAAUGUGAAAAGACAUGUUCUGAAGUGGAAGUAGAGGAACACACGCUCUGCGGAUGCGAAUGCAAGAUCAAGAGACAUCACUGUAAUGACAAACAGGAGUAUCGCAAAGAAUUAUGCAGUUGUCAAUGUCGCGAUCUGUCAGCUGUGGAGGAAUGUUAUGAAUCUGGACGCGUUUGGGACCCUUCCAAAUGCAUGUGUCGAUGUCCAUUAUCCACGUUGCAGGAAUGCUCCUCAAAAUAUGUAUUUGAUUUCACUAACACAUGCAAAUGUAUUCCGGAGGAAAACAACGAGAUCACAUAUCGUAACGAGCGCUCCCAAGAUCCGCCGGGCGAACAAAUGUUGCCAAGUUGGGAGAUCUUGGCCAUCGCUGGUCUCGUGUUUGGCAUCCUGUUCUUUGUCAUACUCUCAUGCAGCCUCACCCGCCACGUACGGACCUUGAGGAAGCAGCUGGACUACAAAUCCGAGGUCCGCAGUCCCAGUGGAACCAUGCUCACCAACGGCGGAUUUCCGCGCCACCCACCCGGAAGUCUGCUCAACGGCGGGAGCCCCACAUAGGGAUUCGGGGGGCGGUAUAGAAGGUACUCAAUUGAACAAGAAACGGCCUUGGCCGCAUCGCCGCAACACUCACCUCCAGAAGAGCUCGAAACCACGGCUAUGAUCUCAGCACCCCAGUCCACAUCCCGCGAAGUGGACCUUCAGCACCCACUGGACACCUUGACCCGCAUGAGCCGCACCCGCGGCGCUGAAGGCCAACAAGUUCAGAUCGUGUUUCGACAUGGGGACAAACAAGUUGAGCUCCAAUGCCGGUUGCUGCCGGAUCAGGAUGCUGACUCCAUCGGAGCCGAUUCUGGAACGGUCAGUGGGAGUGACUGUCCUAUUCGGCACAGUCCCAGAUCCGUGGAUGUCUAGCUCCGGCAUUCGCCUUGUUCUUUCUAGUCUUUCCAUCUGAGUGUACCUCUAUUAUCGCUGAGCCCCACCCUUCUCAUGUUGAUAUGACAAAGACAUUUUCCCUCGCCCCCGAUGCUGUGAAUGAGUAAACCUUUAUGACUGAGUGCAUCAGGAAAUGGAUGAGUGACCGAUGGCGCGUAAAUCUGAAUUCGAAUCGUUGAACGUAAGACAAUGAGUGUGAUCCAAUCACAAACAAGAAGCUGUGUCAGUGACAGGCACAUGAACAGUUUUAUACAUUUCAUUUCUUAUGAUAAGUGACCAUUAUUAUGGACUGCCGAGUUCGGCAUUGAAUCCUAUACCUUUACGUAGAUUGACUAGAAAGCCUACAACAAUUCAUGUGUUUGAAGUACAAUGAGAACGAAAAUUAUCAUAUAUUGCCUUACCCCCAAACAAAUACACGCGUUUCCAUUUGA